AAUAAUAUCCCUUCUUCUUCCUUCUCCAUUCGCAUCACCAAUCCCUAAUCGCACCGCCUUCCUUCCGCCGCCGCUGCCCCUCGCCGGCGAUUCUAACAUGGGCGAGCAAACCCACAUUCAUCUCGAACCUCUCCCCAAACCAGAUUCCCAACCGCACCCCCGAAUUGAAACCCUCAAUCCGCAUCAUACUUUUGACCCCCAAUCUUCAUCCCUACCCAACCUCGAUUCCAAUCCCCAGAUUUCGCACUCUCAGCCCAUCGCUCUCCUCGAGCCUUCCCAUGCCGUGGUCCCUGAAAUCUCGCACAAUCCCCAGAACCCUUCCAAGAUUCCAAUUCGUCCCCAAAAGAUUCGCAAGCUUUCUUCCCCUGUUCAAUCCCUAACGAUCGAGAAACCCUCUGGGAUUCACGACUCUACAAUCGAUGCAUCCGUCUCCGCCUCGCCCUCCGUGGCUCUCAACAGCUCUGCCAUUGUUCCCGCGACGCAUACCGGCAAAAGCCGGCGGAGGAGCGCCGCUCAAGCUUCUAGGGUUCUGCCCCAACUUAUCAAAUCCUUAUCCGCCGAUGGCGAAACGGAAUUAGCCAUCCGCCAUCUUCGUGCUGCCGAUCCCUUGUUGGCUCCGCUAAUUGACCUCCACCCACCGCCUCAAUUCGAGACCCACCAUCCCCCAUUUCAUGCUCUCACCAAGAGUAUUCUCUACCAACAGCUUGCUUACAAAGCUGGCACUUCCAUUUAUACCCGGUUUGUUUCUCUCUGUGGUGGAGAGGACGCUAUUUGCCCUGAUGCUGUCCUCGCUCUCUCCCCUCAGCAGCUCAAGCAGAUUGGGGUUUCUGGGCGCAAGGCCAGCUAUUUGUAUGAUCUGGCGAACAAGUAUAAAACUGGGAUUUUAUCGGAUGAAACUGUCGUCAAAAUGGACGAUAGGUCGCUGUUCACUAUGCUUUCAAUGGUGAAGGGUAUAGGUUCUUGGUCAGUCCAUAUGUUUAUGAUAUUCUCGCUGCACCGACCGGAUGUUUUGCCUGUGAGCGACUUAGGAGUUAGGAAAGGGGUUCAAUUGCUAUACGGUCUAGAUGAAUUGCCUAGGCCUUCACAGAUGGAGCAGUUGUGUGAGAAGUGGAGGCCUUAUAGGUCGGUUGGUUCGUGGUAUAUGUGGCGAUUUGUUGAUGGGAAGGGAGCUUCAGGAGUGGGUUCUGCAGUGAAUCUUGAGGUUGGUGCUGUGCAGCCAUUGCAGCAGAUGGUGCCGCAGGAUGGGCAUCAACAUCAGCAUCAGCAUCAGAAUCAACUUCAGUUUGUGGAGCCGGUUAAUGGAAUUGGCAACAUCGGGCUAAGCCAUACUCAUCUGCAGUAUUUUUAGUGAAGAAAGGAAAAGGGCGUGCAUUUGGAACCAGUGAGUGCGAAGAAUUCGUUUUCCCAGAACUUUCAGCAUGUCUAGAAAGGAACAUGAGAAGAUUCAGUCGCGGAGACCUGGCAACACUUGUGUUAGUGUAAGCAUGCUUUCACAACUCUUUAUGCUCAAGUAUGAAAUGUUAAUAGAUCUUCAAAGCCACAACCUCUGGCGAACUCCAUAUGUUACUAAAUAACAGCAUGAUGUAUCUAGAAUGACAGUCUCUUGUCAAGGCUAAAAAAAAGUAUAGGCUGCUGAAAAAUGUUCGAAGUACUUAGAGAAUAUUUCUAGAGUUUGUCUUACCUGUUCUCUGCUGGCUGAUUAAAGAUCUUCCCUCUUUAAAAGUUGCAUGAUAAACUAGUGUGGCAUUAUUCAUUAUUCACCUACUUAGGAAAAGCAUAUAGCAAGAACAAUAAUAAUAAUGGAUAUAGGGGGAAUUGGGAUUGCAGUAUUAUUAUUAUUAUUAAUUUGUGCAAGUAGGAAGAGGAUGUGAUUGAAAUAGAUGAAGGCGUGCAAAACAGUGAUGUGACUUCUCCUUGGAGUGCUCUUCUCCUCUCCAUUCAGUCUUCUUCUUGUUCUUGUUCUUCCAUCAUUGUUAUUCCUUCCUUUAGUCACAUCAUGCUUUGCCACUUCUGCUUCCUU